CCAGCUUUACACUGGAUGGAUAAUCGAGUCUGUGCAGAUAAAACUCUCCUCCAACAGAGAAGAGUUUCUACUUUGCCGGUCAGGGACUUUGGAACUCUAGCCAUGUUCAGAGGGUCUGUACGACGACUGCGUGUGAUUCUAAAUCAUGUGAAAAUGUUUUCAAGUGCAACAGAUGAGGUGUUAUUUGAGUGUGUUGGCGACAAGCGUGUGAUUGUUUUAAAUCGGCCAAAGGCCCUCAACUCACUCAACUUGUCCAUGGCCAGGAAGAUCUACUCCCAAAUGAAGAGCUGGGAGUCAGAUCCUGCCGUCUCUAUGGUGAUAAUGAAAGGAACAGGUGACAAAGCCUUCUGUGCAGGUGGUGACGUGCGAGCCAUCACUGAAGCAGGAAAGACCGGAGAUCGUCUAUCGAGGGACUUCUUCUUUGAAGAGUACAUAUUGAAUAAUCAUAUUGGUACCUACAAGCUGCCAUACAUUGCCAUGAUUGAUGGCAUUACGAUGGGAGGGGGUGUUGGUCUGUCUGUCCAUGGGAUGUUCCGGGUGGCCACGGAAAGGACUAUGUUUGCCAUGCCAGAGACUGCUAUAGGGUUAUUCCCUGACGUGGGUGGAGGGCACUUCCUGCCGCGCCUCCAUGGACAGAUUGGUACCUUCCUGGCACUGACGGGAUUCCGGUUGAAGGGCCAGGAUGUGCAUGCAGCUGGAGUAGCCACACAUUUCGUAAACUCACAGCAGCUACCUGACUUGGAAAAAGCCCUGAUGGAACUACAGAAGCCCCAAAAAUCCGACAUUUCACAGGUUCUCAACAAGUUCCAUAAACAGAGCUCUGAUCCCCAGAGGGCCUUUGUGCUGAAGCCUCACCUGGACAGCAUCGACACACUGUUCGCGGCCAACACCUUGGAAGACAUAUUCCAUAACCUUGAGAAGGAUGGAUCGGAGUGGGCCCUGAAGCAGCUCGGCCUCCUCAAGAAGAUGUCUCCAACGUCGAUGAAGGUGACAUUAAGGCAGCUGCGAGAAGGGGCCACGAUGACGCUGCAGCAGGUGCUGAACAUGGAGUAUAGGUUGUCCCAGCGCUGUCUCGAGGACCGGGACUUCUAUGAGGGAGUCCGAGCAGUUUUGGUGGACAAGGACAACAGUCCGGCAUGGAACCCCGCCAGCAUCCAGGAAGUGAGCCAGGAGAAGGUGGACUGGUACUUCUCACCUCUACCUCCAGACAGAGAGUUGGUGCUAUGAGUGUCAUCAUAGGUGGAAACAACCUAAUACAUUAGACUGCAGGAAGGAAGAGUGUUGUAUGUUUGUAGAACAUAAGGUAACUCUGCCAUCAGAACAAGAGGAGAUGUGGCCAGGGAAAUCACGUAUUGAAGAGAGUAUACCGUAUUUAACAUGAUAAGCGCCCAGGGCGCUCUCAAAAUUAGAAAUAGGGACUCUAUUAGAAUAGAAUUUUGGUGAAAAAAACAACACAGAGUAGAAAGAUCGUAAAUUUCGUGGUUUAUGCUGACAGCC